CUUCUCAGACUUCCUCCUUUGCGUGUUUUCAUAAACAAACCACUUUUCUCCCGCCGGGGCCGCCGCUCGGUCAUCCUGUGUACUUGUCGCCAUUCUCUGAUGUGAGUUUCUGUUUUAACGAUAGUCGAGGAGGAAAUUUUUAAAGGCUGUUUUAGAUUCAAAAAAGAGACGCGGGUAAACGGGCCCUGCUGCAACAACCACAGGCUUGUCUGCGUUUGUCAUUAUUGUCCGAGCCGUCAGCGCGUGGUCGAGUGUUUGAACAAGCCGACCUGUCGACCACAUACCUCCUUUAAUCGUAAGCUUUUCAACCGUCAGUCACAUUCGGCUGCUGGGCAGACUGUGCAGAGCGUCUCCUUUAUCAGAUAUGGUGAAACUGACAAAGGCCAAGACAUUCCAGGCUUACCUGGACUCCUGCCACCGUCGCUACAGCUGCGUGCACUGCCGCGCCCAUCUGGCCAACCAUGAUGAUCUUAUCUCCAAGUCUUUCCAAGGCAGUCAGGGCCGAGCCUACCUCUUCAACUCUGUGGUGAAUGUCGGCUGUGGUCCUGCAGAGGAGAGGCUGCUGCUCACAGGACUUCAUGCAGUAGCUGACAUCUACUGUGAAAACUGUCACACCACGCUGGGCUGGAAAUAUGAACAAGCCUUUGAGCUGAGUCAGAAGUACAAGGAGGGGAAGUUUAUCAUCGAGCUGUCCCACAUGAUAAAGGACAAUGGCUGGGACUGAGAGGGAAAUCUUCAUCUUUCUUCAUGACUUUUUCAAAAGUUGCAUCCCCUUGACUCGAAAGGGUUCCAGUGUAGCUUCCUCAUCCCACGUACAAGCCAUUGCUGUGCCACACUUUCACUUCGUACGGCUUUGCCAAGAAUAGCAUGUGAUGCCUUAUUUUUUUGUGUUCAUCAUGUUUUUCCAGCGACCACAACAACUCAUUUGCCAAUAUUGCUAUCUCAAUUGCUAGUUGUGCUGGGACAUGGAUUGAAUGAGUGCACGGUUUGAGUGUGAACGACUGGGAGGUGUAGUCACACAGGCACGUGUGCAUGUUGGAUUUUAAAGCGUGUGUUUGAGUGAUGAAACCCUUAUCACCCUUAUCGACCGCUAAACAUGCUCUGUGGGGGCGAGGCCAGAGCAAGUAAUGAAAUAAUGACCUUACACAUCAGGUGCAGGUAUUUGGGUUUUCCUUUUUGCGUUUAAGGUGCACAGUUAGACAUAUCGGCCCAAACCAAGUGAAGUAUUUCGGCCUGUUUUAACCCAUAGAUCAUUUUCAAGUGAUGCAAGGGUAUGGGAGUGCUUAUAGCAAUGGGAGGGUUUUUUUUAAAAUCAGUGAAAUCCAUUUUUUUAUGGUAAGAUCAAUGACACUUGUUCAUAUUGUGCCACAGGCAGUCAGGAUGCUGAAAUAACAUCACAAAAUUCUCCUGCAGUAAUUCUUAAAUCUGGAGUAUGAUUGUUUUCUGCUUAUAGAUAUACAGGUGUGUGUGUCUAGGCAGCACGUGCUGAGAUGUCUUAAGCUCAAUGGUGUUGAGAAGCAUUAGUUUGAGAUUCACAUCUAGAAUUGUCACUGCACAGCUGUGAUAUCCUUUAUCCUUUACUCGAUGCUGACGAGAUCUGUCCUUUAUGUGUUUGUGUAUAACCUAACACUGAGCUGUCCUCACAGAUACAUUUACUCAAUCGUGUUAGAGCAAAGUGUGAUUAAGAUUAUGUAGCAUAUUUAUGGUGAUUUUUUUUUAAUGUCUGCUUCUUUGAUUAAAAGUACAUUAUUUUAACCUAAUCUUUCAUUAAAGAACAGUCUGUAUGUAA